CCUACCUAACACACAAACAAACUCCACACUUCUCUUCCUCUCCUUCUUUCUUCACCUUAUCUUCUCCGUUCGAAUCAACAAAACACAACACGUAAUAAAACUCUUCCUUCUUCCUUCAUUUUAAUUGACAAUCUCGCACUUCAAAAUCUUAUCUUCAAAUGGCCGUUGACUCUUCCCUUUCUCCACUCGGGCCACCGGCCUGCAAGAAAGACGCCAAGGCGCUGAAAUUCAUUGAAGAAACAACCCGAAACGCCGACCCGGUGCAAGAGCGGGUGCUAGCUGAGAUACUGGCCCGAAACGCCGAGACUGAGUACCUCAAAAGAUACAAACUCGGCGGCGCCACCGACCGCGAAACGUUCAAAUCGAAACUGCCGAUCAUUUCCUACGAGGAUCUCCAGCCCGAAAUCCAACGCAUCGCCAAUGGAGAUCGCUCUCCCAUCUUGUCUGCUCACCCAAUCUCUGAAUUCCUCACAAGUUCUGGGACUUCAGCUGGAGAGAGGAAGUUGAUGCCAACAAUUCAGGAGGAGUUGGAUCGCCGUCAAUUAUUGUACAGCCUUCUCAUGCCCGUCAUGAACCUUUGUGUGCCUGGACUGGACAAAGGCAAGGGCCUGUACUUUCUGUUCGUGAAGUCCGAAACCAAGACGCCGGGUGGACUCUUGGCCCGACCUGUUCUCACCAGCUACUACAAGAGCGAGCACUUCAAGACCCGCCCGUACGACCCGUAUAAUGUCUACACAAGCCCCAACGAGGCCAUUCUUUGCCCCGACUCGUUCCAGAGCAUGUACGCCCAAAUGCUCUGCGGCCUCCUUGAGCGCAAGCAAGUCCUCCGACUCGGCGCCGUUUUCGCAUCGGGUCUUCUCCGGGCCAUCCGCUUCCUCCAGCUCAACUGGCAGCAACUGGUGAACGACAUCCGAACCGGAACUCUCAACCCGAAAAUAACCGAACCGAAUUUGAAGUCAUGUAUGGACGGGAUUUUAAAACCCGACCCGGAGCUGGCGGACUUCGUGUCCAAACAAUGCGGAGAUGAAAACUGGGAUGGGAUUUUAACCCGGAUAUGGCCAAACACCAAGUACCUGGACGUGAUCGUAACCGGAGCAAUGGCUCAAUAUAUUCCGACCUUGGAGUACUACAGCGGCGGCUUGCCGAUGGCGUGCACUAUGUAUGCUUCCUCCGAAUGCUAUUUCGGACUCAAUCUCAACCCGAUGUGCAAACCAUCCGAAGUUUCCUACACCAUAAUGCCAAACAUGGCCUAUUUCGAGUUCCUGCCGUACGAUCCCAACUCGGCGAGUCGCGGCGACUCGAUGACGACUCGACUCGUUGACCUGGUCAACGUUGAGGUCGGGAGAGAGUACGAGCUCGUCAUCACCACCUACGCCGGGCUGUACCGGUACAGAGUCGGCGACAUCCUCCGAGUCACUGGGUUCCACAACUCAGCGCCGCAGUUCCAUUUCGUACGGAGGAAGAACGUGCUGCUCAGCAUCGACUCGGACAAGACCGACGAGGCUGAGUUGCAACUCGCCGUCGAGAACGCCUCUAAGCUUCUCCGAUCCUUCAACGCCAGCGUCGUUGAGUACACGAGCUACGCCGACACGACGACGAUCCCGGGGCACUACGUGAUCUACUGGGAGCUUCUGGUGAAGGACUCGGCAAACUCGGAGACCGAGUCGGUCGACUCGGUGAUGAGUCAGUGCUGCUUGGCAAUGGAGGAAUCGCUGAACUCGGUUUACCGACAGGGCCGAGUCGCGGACAACUCGAUCGGGCCGCUGGAGAUACGUGUGGUGAAGAGUGGCACGUUUGAGGACUUGAUGGAUUACGCAAUCUCAAGAGGGGCGUCCAUCAACCAGUAUAAGGUGCCGAGGUGUGUGAAUUUUACCCCGAUUAUGGAGUUACUGGACUCUAGGGUGGUUUCUAAGCAUUUUAGCCCAUCUUUACCGCAUUGGACCCCAGAAAGGAGACGGUAAAAAAGAAGAAGUCAACGAUGUGGUCCUUCUAAUAUAAAUAUAAUAAUAAUUUUUUUUUAAUUUGGGAUAUUUUUAUGGGUAGGUUCUUUUUUCUGUGGAAAGAUUUAGUUAUAUAAGAAAAGUGUAAGUUGGAUUAGGACGUUUCAAGGGUCAGGUUUUGUAGUUUGGUUCAAUUCACUCGUGGAAAGAAUGAAAGUGUAACUUUUCUUUUCAAGGUGUUUGUUCAUGAAUGGUUGCCUUCA